AUGCCUGACAAGCGUAAAGCAUCCAUGGCAGCCCCCUCGUCCAAGCGGGCUCGCAUAUCAUAUGAUGAUGAGGGCGAACAAUCUUCUGUGACGUCUUAUGAGAAACCGUACAAUAAUCCGAUAUACGGCCAGAAAAACGCGUUCCCAGGUCUGGACAAUGUCAGCGAAGAGCUCUGCUACGACGAUGCAGACGAUGGGCUGGAAUAUCUUCGUAUGGUCCGAUCCGAGGCGAGCGCGCUACCUUCGCUCUUUAUCGCAAAGAUCCCAAAGACAGAUGAUACACAACCGACACAAAAUUCGAAUGCGCCCAACACCAAACCAUACUCAACCUCUUUUCCUCAUGGAUUCUUCGAUCGUGAGCAAGCUUACAUAGCUCCGCCCGAGAACAAAACCACGCCUUCAACCCCUCCAAGCACAUUUCCUGAAGCCCAGGCUUCCUACUACGACUUACUCCGACAUCGUUUUUUACUACUCCGAUCUACCCUGAAGUGUUCGCCCCCAGCUACUGCUAUCGCCGGCCUCGAUGACAGCCAUCCAAUUACCCUCCCCCGCGGCGUCGAUGCCGCACGCAAGGAAUGGAGACGGCUGGUUAUGGCCGUGGAUCCACAGAUGGCCCAACUGGCCUGUAUGGACCAAGAAAGUAUCCUCGGGGUAUUGCAAAUCAUGGCACGACUGUUGUCUGAAAUUUUGCGGGGUGGAGAUGCCGAGAAGAUUCGACGCAUCGGUGCCUGGGCCUGGGGCUUGCUGGGCAAGUGUCGGGAGAUUGGAGAAUUGUCCACGGAAGAGGUGGGAGAUAUCCGUGAUAUCGGGAAACGCGCUGUGAAGAUCUUACAGAAAAUCCGGGAGGCGGAGGAGAAUCCACAGAUGGAAGGCGAGGAAACACCGCUAGAGUCGGAAGCUGGAGAGGACACACAGCCGGAAAUUUUAGCUCCAGAGGAAGAGUCAGAAGAAAUAAUGCAGCCGGAGCCUGGGAACGAUGCCGUUAAAGAUGCCGAUGCGGACAUGGCUGAUGGAAAUGACCCGGAGCUGGAGGCAGCCAAGGCCCGAUUACAGGCGAAGGUGCAAGAAAGUGCGGAAGAUGAGCUCGCCAGUGCAGACCAAGAAUCCGUGGCUAAACAGACUCGCGCCAUGCUUGACAUGAUCAUCACGGUGGCUGGCGAGUUCUUUGGCCAGCGAGACCUGUUAGACUCACGGGAAGUCUGGGCUUAA